AUGCGUGUUACUAUUAACAACAUUAGUUUGUGCCUAACCCUUCUUUUUCCUUUCAUUCUUUCGAAUCUUGUUAUUGACAGCCUUCAGAACUGUAAGGAUACACUUGCAACGUGCCAAAAUGAACUUGAGGCUGCUAAAUCUGAGAUUCAAAGUUGGCAUUCUUCAAUUCAAAAUGAGCCUUGUGUACCUGCUGGUGCCACUCCUGAGCCCAAAAUGUUGCUUGAUUAUCUUCAGGCCCUGAAAUCCUCAGAGGAGUCUUUAAGAGAGCAGCUUGAAAAGGCAAAGAAAAAGGAAGCUGCGUUCAUUGUAACAUUUGCAAAACGAGAACAAGAGAUAGCAGAGUUGAAGGUAUCAUGCUCAAAAUAAGAUUUUUUCUAUAGCAUGACUGUAUAUGUGCAAUUACAUUUCUUUCUGACAUCAACUUUGACCACCUGAGUAAAAUUUAUUUCCACCCUUUUAAGAAUACUAACAAAUUUACCCACUCUUCAAUGCUAGUCAAGUUGAAAUAAUUGCCUUAUUUGUUGUCUGAGUGUAGAUCGGAUAUAGUAAGGUAGACAUCCUCUGCUCAGAAAGUAGGAAGCAGCGAAUAAUUUUGAUGGACCAAGAAUCUCAAGAAGCAAGUAUAUUGACAUCAUCACUAAGAAGCUCAAGAAAGAAUGAAGCUAUCCAUAAAUUAGGAUAUUGAAUCUUGAUGAGUCCACUAAUAGUUAUUUGUCAUCUAAUGUAUUUAGAUUGUAUUAUUGCAUGGAAAUAAUUGCUUCUUAUUAUAAAGAAAGCGUUUUGUACUC